AUGGAAAAAGAGGAAUUAAAAAAUUUUAGUAUCAUAAAUAACAGAGGAAUUGAUUCUCCCUUAAAUGCAUGUUGUGAUAAUAUAAUUGAUAAAAAUGGAAAUAUAAUAUAUAAAAAUUAUAAUAACUUAUACAAACUAACAUAUAAACAUGUUUAUAAAUACAAUAGGAUUACAUGCAUAAGUACAGAUACGAUUUAUGAUAAUGACAAUAAUGCUUACACACCUCUCUAUCAUUAUUAUUAUUCUAAUAAUGGAUUGAAUGCAAAUAAUAUUAAGAUAGAUAAUGAAGAAGAUGAAAAUGAUGAAACAGAACAAAAUUUUGAAAAUGAACAAAGUGGUGAUAUAUGUGAUAAAAAUAUUGAUGAAUAUAUUGACGAACGUAUUUAUAAUAUGAAAAGUACUAAACAAAAAUGUUUAAAAUAUAAUUUAUAUGAAUUAUUGUUGUUACGGUUUUUAAAUUAUAAACCAGAUAAAGAACAUGACACCAAUGAUAUAUUAAAUCGUAGUUUUUUUAUAAAAGAAAAUAAAUAUAUUCGAGGAAAUUCUAAUAAAUAUGUUAGAGAUGGAUACAACCUUUCAAAUAUACAUGACAAUUCUUUUUCAUUUAAUUCUUCAAAUAAUAAAGCGGAAAUAAAUUUAGGACCUAUUAAUUACAACAUCUCUAAUUCUAAUAAUAGCCAUUAUGUAAAUUACGAAGCAGGAAAUAACAACAAUUACAUAUCGUCUCAAAAUGUGAAUCUCAAUUAUUCAUAUAAUAAUAAUGCUAGGACAAAAAAUGGAUAUUAUUAUGACAAAUUUGAUGGACCAAAUAAGCAUUCAAAUAUUUCUUUGAAUAGUAUAAACAAUCCCAAUUCAAAACCUUUUAAAUAUAUUGAUGAUAAUUGUUAUAAUUUGCCAAUAAAUAAUAUAUACAUAGAUGCGGAUGGGAAAAUUCAUUUAACUGAAAAAGAAAGAAAUAACGGAUUAGGAUAUAAUGGGAAUAUGUAUUAUGGAAAUAAGUAUGAACGAAAUGGAAACUAUCAAAAUAAAGAAAAUGAAAACUACCAAAACCAAUCACAUUAUUCACCAACUUAUGAAAAUUUUGAUAAAAACGAUCCGGAUAAAUAUUGGGAUAAUCCUUUAAUAUAUGGAAAAAAAGGUAAUCAAGAAAUAUUUACACUUGGCGAUAUUAAAAAAUAUUCAAAAAAAAAUGAAAAAGAAUAUGACUCAAAGGGAAGGAAUUAUAAUAAAUUACAUACAGAUAUAAUAAAUGAUAAUAAUAAUAAUAAUAAUAAUAAUAAUAAUAAUAAUUUUGUAAAUAAUAGAUUAAAAAUAGGUAAGGAAAUACAUAUAAAUAGUGAUAUUCAAGGAACACAUCGAAAUAACAGUUAUACAAUAUUUAAAGAUAAUGAUGAAGAAAAUUUAGCAAAAAGCAACUUUGCAAAAUGGUUUAAAAAUAGUAAUACUGAUGGAAAUGAUAAUGGAGAUUUAAUCAAGUAUCUAAAUAACAAAACUAAAACCGGAACAGAUAUCGGGGUUCGAUACAACAACACUGGAAGCAAUAACAAUAUUAGUAAUAAUAAUUCUGGGGUAAUAGCAAAUCAUGAAGGUAGCGAAAUAUAUAGUAGAGUUUCAGAAAAUCCAACAUAUAGUAAUACUAAUAAUAACAGCCUAAAUUAUAUAUAUACAACUGAAAAUAUGUCUAAUAAUAAUAAUGUAGAAUCAAAACAAUUGAGUAAUACAGUUGCAGAACUUGUUAUGAAACAGAUAUCACUAAUUAAAGAACGUAAUAAAAAUAUGGAAGAUAUUGAAAAACAUAAUUCUUUAAAUUUAUAUGAAAAUAAUUGGAAAAAUAGUAACAGUUUUAAAAAUGGAAGUAAUAUUAUUGGACAAACACAAGACAACAAUUUAUAUAUAAAAGAUGGAGGUAAAAAUAUAAUGGAUAUUUUAAAAAAUUUAAAUUCAAACAAGUUUCCACAUGAAUAUAUAGAGCAAGAAAUGAUUAGACGAUCCACCAUUGGAGUAGGAAAUGAGCAUUAUAGUUUUCCUAUAAAUAAUGAACAAUAUAAUUAUCGAAAUAAUAGUAAACAAUAUUCUAUGGAAAAUGGAAAUCUUAAAAAAAAAUUCUAUGAUAAUAACAUAAAUGAAGUUAAUAAAAAUAUGGAUUAUAUGAUGAUGAAUAAAAAAAUAACAAAUAAUAUUGGCAUAAAUAAUGGAGUUAAUAUUGAAAGCCAUUGGGGGAAUUCUAGUUUAGGAACACAUAAUAAACAUACAAAUAUAAAUGAUAAUCCCAAUUUAGGAUCUAGAAAUAAUUAUAAUUCUGAAUAUUAUUUGAAUCAUGAUUCUAACAUAAAUUAUAAUUCAUACAAAAACAAAAGCACAACACAAGGAAAUAUAAAUAUUACACCAAUUAUAAAUUCUUUGUUAAAAUUAGAAAAUGAUAACACAUAUAAUGACAUUGGUAGAUCACCAUCUUAUGCUAAUAAAGGAGAUAUAAAUAUGGGACAUUAUAUAACUGAAAAUAUACAAAAUGCGAAAGUUAAUAAUGUUUUGGAUUCUUUAAAAUCGUUGUUAAAAGCUUCUCAAAAAGAUAUAGACGGUAAUAGCCUCAUGAAUUCGCAUAUAGGGAACUUAUCUCAUAAUUUAGGUAAUAGUCGAAUAUACAAUAAUAAUUAUAAUUUUAAUAAUCAAAAAAAUCCUGUGCAAAUAAAUAAAUAUUCAAAUUAUCAUUCGCAACAAUAUUAUCCAACUCAAUAUAAACAAGAUUACAGACAUCACCCGCAUUCAAAUUUUAACGAUUUCAAUAAGAAAAAAUUGUAUAAAAAAGAUAAACAUAUUUCUAAAUACUCAAAAUCAGAAAUACCCACUAAUGAAACAAUAGCCAUUCCAUUGGCAGAGGAAAAUUGA